AUGGCUGUACCAACGUUUAGGACGUAUAUUGCCCCAAGCACUCAGUCUCUCCUUCGACACCUGGGCCAUUCCUCAGCCAUCUCGGCCAACAACGUCAAUAUGUUUGCUCUCUCGACUCACGCAGAUGACUUGCAAGCUGCCGUUGCUCACUUGACAGCGAUCCCAAACUCGAUAGGCACCUUGACCACUUCAGUUUUCAAAGGAGUUCAACUAUCGAUUGCAUCUUAUCCAAAAGCAUCCUGCCUUCCCUUCCGGUCCACUGUUCCUGGGGUUCCCCAGGCACAAGUGGGUCGUAUUCGAACAUACCGGCCUCCCAGUCGUGAGGAACAAGCCUCAGAGACGCGACUAGGAAACAUGCUAGCAGAGGGAAGUGUGGAUUGGAAUGAUGCGUUGAGUGAAAGCGGUCCUCUGGAGCUUCCCUCGGAUCUACAGCGCAUUCGUGAUAAAUCCAGUGUUUCUUCAUUUUUCUAUCUCAGCGAUGGUAGACCAGAAGGGCUGUUUGAUUCACUACACCGACACUUUCCUGCUGCUAGCCAGCUUGGCUUGAUUGGUAGUUCGACGCCGUUCAUUACCGGACGUCCUUUUACUCUGUUUGAAGGAACCAGCGUCGUUUCUGACGGAGCAGUUGGAGUUGCCUUGUUUAAUCACACCACGCCAAGUAGCGAUAUAUGUUUUGAUGGCAUAUAUGCAGUCUCCGAGCCGAUGGAAGUAACUCAGGCACAGACUAACUUGGUUGAAACCUUGGACGACGGGAACCCAGCCGAAACGCUGAUGGCAGCUAUGAAAGCCGGCGGCACAAUCGGGAAAGACCAGGAAAUUUAUCUCGGGGUCAUAAGCGACCCUACUUCCGGUCCUAAGGCACAGCAUUCUGGAAUACGCACUUACAACUACAGCCGAAUUUAUCGGAUUACGGCCGGAGGUCCUUCUCGAGGAUCACUCCUUUUGGACGCCGCGGAAGGUCCUCAGACAGGUACUAAAGUUCAAUUCGCUACCGCCAGCCCACCUCAGAAGGCCUCGCAUGGUUUGAACCUUUCCAGUCCGGCGUCACCAACUGUUUUGUUGAAUGUAUUGGACGAAACUCAAGUUCAGGCAUCUUCUGUCGACUCGGACAUCCGCGUACUGGACAAGCUAUUCAUUGGAACUUCCGAAAACGGGUUUGUUCUGAAGGCACCAAGUAAAGCAAACCAAGGACGUCCUUGGAUGUGUUCAGUACCUGGUGCAACGGUUCAAUGGGUUUGGUAA